GCGUCGACAUUUAGAUGACCCACCCCAUUUUAGCAAGUUCAGUCGCAUUUUCACUGCUACUGCCUUUCUUUGCCUCCCUGACCAACCUCUCAAAUCGGAUCAAUUUGUGGAGCGAAUUUGGACCUCCGCAGAUUGUAACGUUGCUGUGGGGAAUAACAUCGUCGAUCGCUUGCUACACCGAUUCUUCAACGCACCACCAGUUCCCUGAUUGUCAGCUACAUACCCCCGGAUUUCCAAUUUAUCAGUCCCCCCAAAAUAUACACAAACUAUGGAUAGAGCGGAUUCUAUUCAGAAGGCCAAGCUGGCGGAGCAGGCUGAGCGUUACGAAGACAUGGCAGAAAACAUGAAGGUUGUUACAGAGAACGGAGACGAGCUGUCCAACGAGGAGAGGAACUUGCUAUCUGUCGCCUACAAAAACGUGGUUGGGGCAAGGCGGUCCUCAUGGAGGGUUUUGUCCAGUGUUGGACUGAAGAGUUGUGAGAAGAAGCAGGAUAUAGUCAAGGAGUAUAAGGCGGAGGUGGAGAAGGAGCUGCAAGAAAUCUGCAAUAACGUUUUGAAACUGCUGGACAAUUAUUUAAUUGUAAACGCUAAAAACCCUGAAAGCAAAGUCUUCUAUCUAAAGAUGAAGGGGGACUACUAUAGAUACCUUGCUGAAGUUGCCAGUGGAGAGGAUAAACAAAAGACCAUAGAGAACUCACAGAUGGCAUACGGGGAAGCGUUCGAGAUCAGCAAGACUGAUAUGGACCCCACACACCCUAUCCGCUUGGGCUUGGCACUUAACUUCUCCGUCUUCUACUAUGAGAUUCUCAACUCCCCAGAUAAAGCCUGUGAAUUGGCCAAAAAGGCAUUCGACGACGCCAUUGCAGAGCUUGACCAGCUAAAUGAGGAGUCCUACAAAGACAGCACUCUUAUCAUGCAGCUUCUCAGAGACAACCUGACAUUGUGGACAUCAGACAACGCUACUGACGAGGGCGAUGCUUUGGAAGCAGGAGAGGGCCAGUGCCAGGGCCAGGAGGCUGAGAGCUAAAGAAGCACAAGCCCUCUUGAUGUUUGGGCCAUCUCCAAAAUCAACAAAAGGAAAAAAAAAACUUUUUACACAUUCUUCAUUCCUUAUUGCUCCACUCAAAUAUUCUACAAUUGAAUCCCAUUACUGAAAAGAGUAAUGUAAGGAAAUAAUGAUAAGAAGAAAAAAAUCAUUCUUUUCACAGUAUAGAUUUGGACUGGUGAAAAGAGAACCCCUCCAUUCCUUUGGUUUGUGUCUGUCCUGGCCUUCCCAUUUGUGCAGUCUCAGCUGUAGAAAAGUGAUCGAUAGCUUGACAUUGUAUCAGACUCCUAGAUCAAUUUAGAGGCAAGAAAACUUAAGUCCCAUCAUUAAACAACUGGAAGCCUAACUCCCAUUUAUUGAGGCAGUUUGGAUUUUUUUUCCCGAUGAGAAAUGUUAAGAUUUAAAAACUUUCCCCCCAUACCUUUUUUUUUUUAUUAUUUAACGUGUGUCUGUCUCCACACAGUUACCUGGUACGGUUACAGCAGCUGAAGUCCAACUUCAAACAGAUUAAAUCUUCACACUGCAGGGAAAGCUAGUGCACUUUACAUGCUGGCAACAAAUACUAUAAUACAGCCAAGUAGUGCCAAUUGGUUAAAUCCUCACUUUCUGCCCUGGUUAUGAUGCCACUCUUUGACGGAAGCAUGCCUAUUGUUUAGGGUUGGGAAAUGGUGGGGCUUGUCUGACCAAAUACAGGGACCUUUCUAAUGGGAAGAACAUUCUGUCAUGCACGUCUCUUGAGAUAUUACACUGGAAUGGGAACAAAUGCUGUAACACACAAGUUCAAGUGUCAAGUUUAGUAAUUUUCAAUGCAGGUUUGUACACAUCCUACAAGUGGGUGAUUUGUUAGUCUGUCCAGUGAUUGUCAUUAGAGAUUUGGACCACUGUUGUUUUGCUAUUCAUUCAAUUGUAGUCCCCAAAAGCCUUGUGGAACUGUUUCAAUCCCUAUGUAUCAGCUAUGUUAACAUGAAUAAAACAUUUUAUAAACCAAG